AUAAUAUCCUUAGUCGAAUUCUUGUACUUCUGUCUUCUGCUUCAUUAAAAAACACUCUCUUUCUUCUCUUUAUCUCAACACCUAUACAUAUUGGUAAUGGUGGGAUUUUAUUUUUUCUUUUGAAAUUAAAGGUUUGAAGGUGGGGGGAAGAGGGAAGGACAGCGUUUGAGCAGUUUUGAAAGUGACUGAAUAUGCAAAAUACCCACCCUUUUUGUUCCUUCUUUGUAUAGACUUUGGGUUCUAUUUUGAUCAGUUGCUUUUCUAUAAGGACUAUUGAACUUUCUUCAUUCUAUUGAUUGAAAAGCUCCAAAUUUAAAAAGCCCAUCUUUUUGUCCUUCCUUCGUUUCUUUCUUUCUUUCUUUCUUUCUUCUGCUUCGUUUGAGCAUAUCUGGUAUCAAAUACCCCUUGUGUGGACUUGUUUUGGAGCUUCAUUAAUGCAAAGAUGAAGUCUUUGAACACUGUUUCUGUGCCUGAUCCUAAAAGUAGAUCAUGUAUCUGCAGCCUCCUCAUGACCGUUGCUUUAAUUUUUGGUGUCUACUUCACCGGAAGUGCUUUGAUGGCUAAGGAUUUCAGGGCAUUUUCAGGUUUGACAGUGAACCAUGCACAGCAGAAUGGACAAUGCAGAAAAUGCGAGGUACCACCGAGACAGGAAAAAGAAGAGAGUCGCGUGACAGAGAAUAUGCAAAAUAAUAAAUGCCAGAAAAAAUGCAGGCCGCUAGGGAGUGAGGCACUCCCAGAAGGAAUUGUUUCUAAAACUUCGAACCUGGAAAUGCGACCAUUGUGGGGAGAUGUUGAGAAGAAGUCUCCACAUUCAGUUAACUUGUUGGGGAUUGCAGUUGGAAUAAAGCAAAAAGAGAUGGUGAACGAAAUUGUUAAGAAGUUUCUUGAACAUGACUUUGUUGUGAUGCUUUUUCACUAUGAUGGAGUGGUGGAUGAGUGGAAUGAUUUGGAUUGGAGUAGUCGUGUCUUACAUGUCUCUGCUAUGAACCAAACAAAAUGGUGGUUUGCGAAGAGGUUUCUACACCCAGAUAUAGUUUCUGAGUACGACUACAUUUUCUUGUGGGAUGAGGACCUUGGAGUUGAAAACUUUCAUCCGGAAAAGUACAUAUCUAUUGUUAGAGGAGAAGGGCUGGAGAUAUCACAGCCAGCACUUGAUGCUAGUAAAUCAGAGGUACAUCAUCAUAUUACUGUACGCAGAGGGAGAUCCAAGGUGCACAGGAGGUUCUACAGAUUAAAUAAAAGUGGUCAAAGGUGUGAUAACAACAGCACAGCACCUCCUUGCGUGGGGUGGGUAGAAAUGAUGGCUCCUGUAUUCUCAAAAGCUGCCUGGCGUUGUGCUUGGUAUAUGGUUCAGAAUGACCUGAUCCAUGCAUGGGGCUUGGAUAUGAAGCUCGGCUACUGUGCGCAGGGUGAUCGUACCAGGAAAGUUGGUGUGGUUGAUGCAGAGUACAUAACUCAUUUGGCUGUCCCUUCUUUGGGUGGUAAUUCAGAUGUAGAAAUGGUAAACAAAGAAUUAGAUCAUUCACUUCAAGGGAAGAACUUAACUGAUUCUGAUGCAUUGGCCACUCCAUCUUUUGAGAAAUUUGAUAAUAGGUCUUUGGUCAGAAGACAAUCAUAUAUCGAAAUGAAGAUUUUUCGAGAUAGGUGGCGUAAAGCUACCAAGGGAGAUCAAUGUUGGGUUGAUCCAUUUCAAAGUCAAGAAAAAGGAAGAACAUCCACAUACACAUAAUGACAUUCUCAUAAGCUAUACAUUCAGUUAUCUAUACAUUUGUGUACAUAAGUUUGAUUGCCUCAAGAGUAAAUAAAUACCACACAAAACUGAUAGAAAUUCAGACUUCAUUUUAUUUUCUUUUUUCCAUUAGCAAUAAUUUUUCUUUCUCACAUAUUUUGGACUUUCCAAUUUGCUCUAAAGAGAAUUUUGUGUAUUUGUAAUUAUCAUUUUUUUUGUACCUAAGAAUAAUGCCAAUGUUCUGUA